AUGGCUGCUCCCGUGAUGACCGUGUCCGAGUCUAAGGACCUUCGAGGUCUGAACCUCAUCGCCGCCCAUUCUCACAUCCGUGGACUCGGCGUCGAUGCUACAACCCUAGAACCUAGGGCCGCCUCUCAAGGCCUCGUCGGACAAGAGAAGGCGCGAAAGGCUGCCGCCGUCAUCCUGCAGAUGAUCAAGGAUGGCAAGAUUGCGGGCCGAGCCGUCCUCAUCGCCGGCCCUCCCAGCACCGGAAAGACUGCAAUUGCCAUGGGUAUGUCCCAGUCUCUCGGCCCCGACGUCCCCUUCACAUCCCUCGCGUCCUCCGAAAUCUUCUCCCUCGAGAUGUCCAAGACCGAAGCCCUCACCCAAGCUUUCCGCAAAUCCAUCGGCGUCCGAAUAAAGGAGGAGAGCGAGAUUAUGGAGGGAGAGGUUGUGGAGAUUCAGAUUGACCGCAGCGUCACAGGCAGCGCCAAGCAGGGCAAGCUCACCAUCAAAACGACCGACAUGGAAGCCGUCUACGACAUGGGCAGCAAGAUGAUUGACGCCAUGACCAAGGAGCGCGUCAUGGCCGGCGAUAUCAUCUCGAUUGACAAGUCUUCGGGCAAGAUUACCAAGCUCGGCCGAUCCUACGCCCGGUCGCGCGACUACGAUGCCAUGGGCGUCGACACCAAGUUCCUCCAGUGCCCCGACGGCGAGCUGCAGAAGCGCAAGGAGGUGGUCCAUACCGUCACCCUGCACGAGAUUGAUGUUAUCAACUCGAGGACCCAGGGCUUCCUGGCUCUCUUCUCAGGUGACACGGGAGAGAUUCGCAGCGAGAUCCGUGACCAGAUCAACACCAAGGUUGGCGAGUGGAAGGAGGAAGGCAAGGCCGAGAUCGUUCCCGGCGUGCUAUUCAUCGACGAGGUGCACAUGCUCGACAUCGAAUGCUUCUCGUACAUCAACCGCGCCCUCGAGGACGACCUAGCUCCCGUGGUCAUCAUGGCCAGCAACCGGGGCAACUCGCGCAUCCGCGGUACCGACUACCGCAGCCCGCACGGUCUGCCGCUCGACUUCCUGGACCGUGUUGUCAUCAUCAACACACACUCCUACAACCCCGAGGAGAUCAAGCAGAUUCUCUCGAUCCGAGCCCAGGAGGAGGAGAUUGACGUCAACGCAGACGCCCUCGCCCUUCUCACCAAGAUUGGCCAGGAGGCCGGCCUCCGGUACGCCAGCAAUCUCAUCAGCACCUCGCAGCUCGUCUCGGCCAAGCGGAAAGCCAAGCAGGUAACCGUCGAUGAUGUGCAGCGCAGCUUCAAGCUCUUCUACGACCCGGCCCGAAGCGUCAAGUUUGUCACCGAUUCAGAGAACCGACUGAUUAGCAACAGCGGCGUGGUAGACUUUACGGUGGCGGGCAAAGCGGCGGCGGCGGCGGCCAACGGCAACGGCGAGGAGAAGAUGGAUCUUAGUUAA